UUCUCGGCCAUAAUAUAAAGUAAGCUUUACAUGGAAAACAGUAACCGGACGAAACGUAAACAUGGCGGUUUAUCUUAGAGCUAAAAGGUAUUCGUACCUUGUCAAUCUUGGUUUCUCAAGGCAAUUUUCUAAUCAAAGUGAGCCGAGGAUCGGAAAAGGACUGUUGGCGUUAAAGAAAAUUUCAACCUAUUCUGGGGCUGCUUUGGUUAGUGGCGCUUUAUUAUGGAUAGCGUACGAAGAACAUCGUCGGAUGUCAUCGGUUCACGCCUUGACGUCAGCCACAGCCAAAAUUAGAUCUAAGGAUGAUAAGAAAAUCGGGAGCACUGCCAGUCUAUCACAGCUGACUUCACGUGAACGUCGUUUCGUCCAAUUUGCCUCCAACGAGUUCCGUGGACAACUGUAUAUGACUCCUCAAGAUUUCCUAGAGUCGGUCAUCGAAGGAGAGCCUCGACCUCGGCUGAAACGAAGAAAUUUACAGGAGCAGCAUUUGUUGGCUUUGCAGAAAACCACACCUCCGUUAUCACAGGGAAACUUCCGAACCUUUAGAGACCUUGGAGAGCGAGGCCUGAUAUCCUACACAGAGUAUCUGUUUCUACUUUCGAUAUUGACAAAACCCAAAUCAGGCUUUCACAUAGCCUUCAACAUGUUCGAUACAGAUGGAAAUGCACGAGUGGAUAAACAAGAAUUCAUGGUGUUGUUGGGCAUACUCUGUCAGAAGAUUUUUAAAGAAGAUAACCUUCGCGGCAUCGACCAAGAACUUUUGGAGCGAAUUUUUAGCCAUGCAUACCGUGACAGACGUGGACUGGCCCUACCUGCAAGCGAUCAAGAAGGCGAAAUGGGACCGAACCCACAGGGACUGGCAGCCGAAGGAGAUGGCUUGCUGAAACGCAAUGAUUUCGAUACGACUUUAUUGCUCCAUCUUUUUGGCAAAGAUGGAAACUUGAGUUUGAGUUUUGAAGACUUUUCUCGCUUCAUGCAAAACUUACAGACGGAGGUUCUCGAGCUUGAGUUCCAGGAAUUUUCAAAGGGUUUGAACACCAUUACUGAGCAGGAUUUUGCUAAAAUCCUACUCCGCUACACCCAGCUGGAUACAGCCAGGUAUGACGAAUUUCUAGAACGCUUAAUUCAAAGUGAUCCAGAAGAAAAGGGAAUUACAUUUGCCGAAUUUCAUGACUUCUGUACAUUUCUAAACAAUUUGGAUGAUUUUGCUAUUGCUAUGAAAAUGUACACACUUGCAGAUCGCUCGGUUUCUGAAAGUGAAUUUCAGCGGGCCGUCAAAAUUUGUACUGGUGCCUCGUUAAGCCAGCAUGUUGUUCGCAUUGUUUUCCUCAUAUUCGACCAGGAUGGAGACGGAAGGUUAUCAGACCGCGAAUUCAUUGCUAUCAUGCGAGACCGCAUUCACCGCGGAUUGCAGUCACAUUCCCGCAACGAAGGAUGGGACGCUUUCAAACACUGCGUUAAGCAGGAAAUUAAAUCACUCAAUUGAUUCUAGGCAUAUAAGCCAUGCUGCCUAUUGUGCGAUAGGAAACUUAAAAUUUGAGACGUACAAGUUAUUUAUGGAGGUUUUAAUCUUAUGUGUGUAACGUUUCAAUGUUUGCUGUGAAUAUGAUUGCAUGCGUUGAAUUGACUAAUGUUUUUUUUUCUUUCUUCUAGCUUUGUCUGGAACAAAAUGCAUCCUGACAAUUGUUUAAGAUGGGAAGCCUUUUACUCUUUAAAUGUUAACCAUUGUAGGAAAUAGUUUUGCCGCUAUCGCUUUGGAUUCUCUUGCAACCAUAUUUGCUUCUAUAUUCACUCUCUUCGAGCCAGUCCAAUUUAUCAAUGAUCUCCCCUAAUGUUACCGAUUUUGAUUGCUAAUUGUCGGAUUACCAUCCAAACCGUGAUGUGAUGUACUAUGGAAAGCAAUAAAACAAGAGAUCAAAUUA